AUGGAGAACCAAAACGAAGAACGACUGAUGAAAAGCUACGUUGCGUAUCUACGAACUGGGAACUUAGCACGUUUCGAAACAUCAUUUCGAGAGUUCAGAAAAGCAUGCGAGCAUGACAACAUUGAUUAUUUGGUCAUCCAAGUCGUCAAAAUAAUCGACCAGGCCAGUCUGCUCGUCAUAUCGAAAAUCACCAAGGACCGGGAAGAAAACGCCUUUGGAAUUCUCUUUGAAAACAUCGAUCUGGAAUAUUUACACGUGGAUGACUACGAGGGGAUCAAUCUACACUUGAGUUUCGGCAAUUACCAAAAUUUUAGGGUUUUUGCAGCAUUGUCACUGGGUAUCGCCUCUUUCCGCGCUUAUGGCUUCCAUGGCUUCAGCUGGCGACACCCCCGCAACCGACUGGUGAUGAUCAAAACAUUCACCCUAUCCACGGCUACAUAUGGGCUGAACAUUAUUGCCUGA